CCUGGAAGCAUGGGGUGGCCUUGGUUUGGAGAAACCCUUGACUUCCUUAAGCCUCAUUAUACUUACUCUGUGGGAAGCUUCUUGCAACAGCAUUGCUCUAGAUAUGGGAAGGUUUUUAAAUCGCAUCUAUUUGGUUCACCAACCAUAGUUUCAUGUGACCUUGAGCUCAACAUGUUUAUUCUUCAGAAUGAAGAGAAGCUAUUCCAAGCCAGCUAUCCCAAGGCCAUCCAUGGCAUUCUUGGAAAGCAUUCGUUACUCACUGUGUCCGGAGAGCUUCAUAGAAAGCUUAGAAGCAUUGCUGUCAGCUUCAUUGCCAACUCUAAGUCGGCCCCCGAUUUCCUUCACUGGGUUCAGAAGCUCUCAAUCUCAAUGAUGGAUUCAUGGAAUGGCUGCAAACAAGUCUCCUUCUACAAACAAGCUAAAGCUUUUACACUGAGUCUUAUGGUGAAGCACCUUCUAAGUGUUAAACCAGAGGAGCCAGUAGCCUCAAGGAUAUUGCAAGACUUCGAAACCUACAUGACAGGCUUUGUUUCUCUACCAGUAAAUAUCCCUGGGACCGCUUAUGCCAAGGCUGUGAAGGCUAGAGCAAGGCUGUCUUCCACUGUCAAAGAGAUUAUGGAAGAAAGACGAAAAGGGAAUGUUAAUAGAAACACAGAAGACUUCUUGGAUGUGAUAUUAUCAAAGCAGAGCCUAAACGAUGAAGAAAUUGUGAGCAUUGUGUUGGACAUAAUGCUGGGAGGCUACGAGACAACCGCUACUCUUAUGUCCUUGAUUGUCUACUUUCUUGCCCAUGCGCCUAUUGCUUUCGACAAGUUAAAGGAAGAACACCAGAGCAUAAGGCAAAACAAAAAAGAUGGGGAAUUCUUGAACUGGGAAGAUUACAAGAAAAUGGAUUUUUCCCACUAUGUUAUAUAUGAAGCUAUGAGAUGUGGGAAUGUAGUCAAAUUUGUGCACAGGAAAGCUCUUGUCGACGUGAAAUUUAAAGGUUAA